CUAUAAAAGUUGCAGGUCACUUAGUCGCUUAAACCGAACUUACUUGGGAAAUUUCAUCUCAAAAACUCGGAAAAACCCUAAGCUUUCUUCUCUCACACUCUCAAUGGAGUUUUGGGGUGCUGAGGUUAAAAGUGGUCAGAACUUUGAGGUUGAACUGGAGGAUGAUGGCAAUAGGAUCUUGCAUGUUUCACAGGUUGCCCUUGGUGAGGUGAUUGGUGAUAACAAGAAAGAAAAAGGAAAGGAAACUGUUUGCAUCUAUCUUAAAUUCAAAAAUGAGAAGUUUGUAAUUGGAACACUUUCCCAAGAGAAAUUCCCGCAGAUACCCUUGGAUUUGGUGUUGCAUGACAAAUUUGAGCUGUCCCAUACCUGGAAGAACGGUAGUGUCUAUUUCACUGGGUAUUAUGUUGAUACAUCUCAAGAUACCGAGUCUGAAGAGGAGCUCCCUGAACCUACAACUAAUCCCAUAAAGCCUCAUGCUACAGUAUCUGAUCCUACUACGUCAAAGCAGGUUAAGAUUGUGGAACCAAAAAAAGAUGAGGAUGGUAGUGAUGAUGAGGAUGAAGAUGAUAGUUCUGAUGAGGAUGAAGAGUCUGGUGAGGAUCAGGAGCCAGGCAUGCAGGUUAAUGGUGAGAAUGAAAGUGAUGAUGAUACUGACAGUGAUGAGGAUGAUAGUGAAGAAGAAAGUUCAGAUGAGGAUCAAGAGACUCCUGGGAAGGCUGGACCAAGCAAAAAGAGAUCUGCGGAGUCAGCUACAAAGACCCCUGCUCCAGAAAAGAAGGCAAAGCUAGUCACUCCCGAAAAGACAGUCCUUGGUGCAGAUGGCAAGAAAGUGAGUGGACAUACUGCAACCCCUCACCCUUCAAAGCAAGCUGGAAAAGCAACAGCUGCUGCUGCUCAGAUGAAGCAGACUCCAAAGUUAGGUGGUUCAUUUCCUUGCAAGUCUUGUGGCAGGUCAUUUGGCUCUGAAAAUGCUUUACAAUCUCAUUCCAAGGCAAAGCAUGGCGGUGCAGUGUGAAAAUGAGUUGGUCUAAUAUAUCUUUGUUUGAAUUUUGUUAUUUUUGGAAUGGACCUGUGAACAUGACUAGUUGAAUAUUCACAUAAAUGUAAUUGAUGUAGUCGUUCGUAGAUUGCCUUAUGUCCGAGAUGAUGCUUUCUAUGUCAAAAGGAAUAGUAUUUUGAAAUUAUUAGGUUAUUGCUACUAUAACUGAAUUAAUUAUGGUUCAGUUUUGAUUGUUGUUUGUGUU